AGGUGACGUCUUGCGGCGCGACAUAUAGGCGCGAGUCUUUAAACGUAGGCUUGGCGGCGUCGCCAUGGAGACGCGGCCUAGCCGGGCGGACGGAGCGCUCUCAGCGCACCCUGAGGGAGUCUUUAGCGGGGGUCGGACAAAUCUGGGGAGGGGGGAGACGCGCGGCGGGAGAGCCGUGGCGGAGGAGAAAGAGGCCCAGUAGCCGCAGCCGUUCCCCGCCCCACACUCGGCUAGCUCCGACCUCUGCCCUGUUGCCAUGGCGACGGGCUCCUAGAAGCGGGAGCGUCCUCCACGAGGCCUAGCGGCGGUUCAGGGCCUCCGCUUGUGAGAAGUUUCUGAGGAAAGUCAGGAGAGGCCGGCGCUGGUUUUGCGCUGCACCUGCCGGAACCCGCAUAUUCGUACAUCCCUGUUAGGAUAAUACGCUUUUCGGAUUUCCUUGGCCCUUGAGCCACUAUUUAAAGGCCUUGUUUUAAAACCAGUUUAAAAAAUUUAAAGUGGGGCAUGGAGGAACCGACCUCGGAUCUGAAAGGACUGACAGGCCGCCUUGCUUUUCCCCUCACAUAACGUUUGGCAAGAUUUUGGAGGCAUCAAUUGUCAGCAGGUAAUGCUCGUUGCACGUAUCUCUGGUGCCGCCGUUUAUCUUCAGUGAAAGCCUGAUUUAAGGUUUGUUUUUGUUUUUUGUCUCCUUGUAUUCCUAGAGUCUGGCAGCCCGCUCUUCAGUUCAGGAAGGAUUUUGUGCAGCCGUUUGUGCGAAAUCCGAGCUUGCCUAAAGCGAUAAACUCAGAAAAUCUGAAAUAACGAUGAAAGCGGAGUCUGGCCUGGAUGGUAUGAAAAAUACAAAAUUUGGAAGAGAAUGAAAAUCAGCAGUUCUGAAAGACCUGGGAAUAUAAAAAGAAAAGAAGAAAAAGGUAUCCAACUUGUUGUCUGGCAGAUCUCCAUGGGGAAAGAAUUGCAGAGCUGAUAGCAUCACCACAAAGAAGGCUCUGCCAUUAUCAUUGUCUUUGUCACCUCUGUUUCUACUGGAUACAAAUAAGGUCUUAAAUAACCUAUAUUCAUGGGCAAGUUCAUGUGGGAGAAAGCACUCCUUAUGAUGCCUGGGUCUUUAGCUAUUAUCUGCCUUGUGGUGGUGGGGAGUGGUUAGAGGGGUCACAGAGACCCAGGUUCAGAUCCCAAUGAAGUAUACUUUGUAGCUGGUCAACUCCCUCUCUAACCUACACAGCAUUGUUGAGAGCAGGAUUUGAGUCGUGGGAGAAACACUUUUGCCACCCUGAGCAGGGAUAGGGAGCUGAAUAUGGCCGGCAGGGCAAAGUCACCAUGAUGUCAGGUAACCUGUUUUCACUCGUGCAGAUAAUCAGUUGAUUACCAGAGUUUGUAAAGCACCAGGCUCUGCUGAUCAGCUGGUUGUUGGUGCUUGCAAAGCACUGUGCCCGCAGGUCUACAAAUUCCCUUUAGCCCAGCUUGGUGUGGUGUAGUGGGUAAGAGCGGUAGACUCGUAAUCUCGUGAACCAGGAUCGCAUCUCCGCUCCUCCACAUACAGCUGCUGGGUGACCUUGGGCUAGUCACACUUCUCUGAAGUCUCUCAGCCCCACUCACCUCACAGAGUGUUUGUUGUGGGGGAGGAAGGGAAAGGAGAAUGUUAGCCGCUUUGAGACUCCUUCGGGUAGUGAUAAAGCGGGAUAUCAAAUCCAAACUCUUCAUCUUUACCUGCCCCACACCUGAUGUCGUAUGUGGUGGGUGUGGCUUGGCCAAUAGGUUCACCAACCCUUUAAGAGAAACGGCAGGAUAUAACUGCCUUGUCUCUUCCCAAUUCAUUUCUCCUCCAGAAUUUCUCAACACUGAGCAAGGUUCUAGCAUGGGGAAAGCUCUGCUAGCAUCAGCUGCUUAGCACCAACUGCAACUAUGCAAAUUGGGCUAGUGGGGGAGAUGCGUGAAUUCUGGGUAAACAGGUGCUGCCUUGUCGUAGAUGGGACAUUGCUUCUAUGAGACUGACCUCAUUUUGAGCACGCAAUCUUUGUGCAAUAAUUGGAAAGGAACAGGGCUGAGGCAUUGUUUCUUAUAACCUCAGCUUGUAUCGGAUAAUGCAUUCCUAUUUGGAAAAGCAAACAGGCUGAGUCUUUCUCCUCAGCAUCUUCUAGGCUGCAGUCUUAUGUACUGUGUUGCAGCCUAAAGAUAGAGAGUGGAUUCUAUGCUGGGGUCAUUCUGUUUAUGGUUCUGUGUGCUUAUACAUGCCCAGGAAUUACUGAAAUACAGCUGCCUUUGGGGAGGGGCCUUGCAGAUACUUGAAAGCAGUGCUGUAAGCACAUGUGCGUUAAACUUUGUAGUGCCAAAUUCUUUGUGUGGCACAGUUGGCUAUACUGGCAUACCAUACUAAGCCUAUUCCUGCUUCUUGCUGGGAGUCUCACCAGUGCUGUGCUUUGUAGUGUGCUGAGCUGCCCUAUAAGAGGGAGAGAAUCUGUGGGAUCAUAGCACCCUUGGUAGAAAGCCAGAGAAAGAUAGGGAGUGAUCUCUCCACCCCUGUGCUGCUUCAGAGUGUGGUGUGCCCUGCUCCUCCACCAGUGUUUUCCAUGAAAUAGGAAAGGUCAGUAUGUGGUGAAUGAAUUCCCCAUUCUUUUUGUUCACUGGUGGGAUUCACAUUGUGUCCCGGUGCUCCUCUAAAUUUCCUUUGGCAUUACAGUAACACAUCACUUCAGUCUUCCAAGCAGUAUACUGCUACACAUCCUCCCAAGUAGGUUUACUUUAGUGGAUGCUUUUUUGUAUGCCAAAAGGACUCGUUCUCUGUCCUGAAGCAUUCAGGCCUCCCUUCACCUUAGCUUGAUUGUUGGGAAGACCCACAUUGAUCCGAGCGAGUGGCAGUAGGAGUCCCCAGCCAACAAAUAUGGCAAACUUUGAGAGGAUCCUGCUUCAGUGCUGAGAUUUGGACCUAGUGACCAUAAGAUGAAUCCUUUCAUCCCAAUGGAUGUUGUGUGAGACUUGUGCACUGAGGGGAUUUUGCUUGCCCUUCAUACCUCUUGCCCGACAGGCUGAAUACUCAGUGCUGCCUUUGUCUGUGGGCAAACUCAGUAAAAGGCAGAAUGUUCCUUGUACCCUCUCUGUUGUUCAUUAGUUAUGAGCUACAAAUUUCAGCAUAGCUUAAAAGCCCUGUUAGAGCUUUGGAAUGUCUUUUCCCCCUGAGCUGAAACAAGAACUUAGUAAAGUAUAGGCAGCUUUCCUCCCUCCUAUCAUUUCUAUAACUCGAAAGGAAGAAGCUGGUUGCUAUGUAACAGAAACCAUUAACAUGGCAACUGAAGCACAGGGAAUGAAGCAAUAAUAGCUUCAACUGUGUAAAGACAGAUUUCCUUUUAUAUAGAAACAUAAUGAAGAAAGCAUUCUUGGAUUUCUGAAAGCUUUCCUUGCAGGAAAGAAUCGCGUGCAAUUUUUAAAUGAUUAGCUGCCCACUAUAACUCAGACUUGUUUUAUUCACGUACCAGGAAAAUGAGAAGUUUCCAGGAACCACAACAGCUGUUGUCUACAGCAGUUGUCCUACAUCGGCUGUAGAGCAGAGGCUUUUUCACUGAGGUCAUCAGGCUAAAAUUAAUGUGAAAGAAUGAUCAGAAAAUGGAUCAGGCUGCUGUAUUUGAAAUUAGUGAUGAGAAAGAGUAAGGCUAACUGGCUAGCUUUUAGCCACAGUUACAAAGUAGGUAGUGAUUUCAUUUUUAUUUGAUAAAACUUUUAUUAGCAUUUUCAGUUUUACAGAACUAUUUAUGUAGGCAGUAUGAAGAACUUAAAGGCACAGACUAGAGUUUGUGAGAUUAAAAAUAAAUGAAAAAUGAAUGGAUUAGAGAGAUCCUGGGUUGCUAUGAUUUGCACAAGCAGACACAUCCACACACCAAGGGUGUAAAAUAUUUGAUAUGCUAAGGGAGGGGUAAGCAAACAAUAUUGCUUUGUGGAUUCCAUUGCCACCUUUCAAGGGGCAGCAGUUUAUGAUCAUCUGUGCAGUUGAAGAUGGGCAAUAAAACUGUACAGUGGUACCUCGGGUUACGUACGCUUCAGGUUACAGACUCCGCUAACCCAGAAAUAGUGCUUCAGGUUAAGAACUUUGCUUCAGGAUGAGAACAGAAAUUGUGCUCCGGUGGCGGAGCAGCAGCAGGAGGCACCAUUAGCUAAAGUGGUGCUUCAAGUUAAGAACAGUUUCAGGUUAAGUACAGACCUCCGGAACGAAUUAAGUACAGUAGUACCUCGCAAGACGAAUGCCUCGCAAGAUGAAAAACUCGCAAGACGAAAGAGUUUUUCGUUUUUUGAGUUGCUUCGCAAGACGAAUUUCCCUAUGGGCUUGCUUCACAAGACGAAAACAUCUUGCAAGUUUGUUUCCUUUUGGAUUUUCAAUGCAUUCCUAUGGGAAACCGUGCUUCGCAAGACGAAAAAUUCGCAAGACGAAAAAACUCGCAGAACGAAUUAAUUUCGUCUUGCCAGGCACCACUGUACUUAACCCGAGGUACCACUGUAUUGGUAAUAAGCUUUUCUCUUCCCUCUCCCAUCUCUGAGUACAUCAGGGUACCAUUAGGUGAGGCAGAAUAUAUAUCUCCGCUACCCCUUUCAAUGUAAUGCUGGUCAUGCUCCCUAAUGUUGGGAAUGCCCUCUUGGGUUCUUUGGUUGGGUGCCAGGUUAGAGCUGGAAGGAUCAUAUAGGGAGAGCUGCUUGGCUGCUCCUGUCAACCAGGGUUGUGCCCAGUGGUGUCCACACACAUGCAUACCACUUGUACACAGGCAUUUUUCCUCCCCCCUCUCCCAGUCUACAAAUCUGUCAUUUAGACAAGAGUACCAGAAGAUUCAAAAUAUAGUUCCUUUAUGAAGGGGAUGUGGUGGAGCUAUUUCACUGUGUCUGAACAAGGAAAGAUAAUCUGCUUGGCUUUGUGGUUCCACUAUGUGCCCUGUGGCCACUUUGCACUGGAGUAAAAUAGAGCAGAAUAGAAAGCAACAGCUGCCCCUUGUGAAGCUGAAAUUUAAAUCUGAGCAGCAAAUUCCUCCCCACGCCCUAACGCAGAUCCUCACCCUGGUGCCAUUUAUUCCUGUGAAUGAAUUUCCUGUGGGAAAUGUAUGAGGGCAGGAGGUGUAAAUGAUAUUCAGCAUGCAUUAUUAAAUUUAAAGUGAUUUUUUUCUGGAGGCCAAGGUUUUCUCUCUUUUGUACUUAUGUGGAUAUCAUUGUCUCAUGGGUCUAUAGUAUGGGUAGGCAAACUAAGGCCUGGGGGCCGGAUGCGGCCCAAUCGCCUUCUAAAUCUGGCCCGUGGACGGUCCGGGAAUCAGCGUGUUUUUACAUGAGUAGACUGUGCCCUUUUAUUUAAAUUGCAUCUCUGGGUUAUUCGUGGGACCUGCCUGGUGUUUUUACAUGAGUAGAAUGUGUGCUUUUAUUUAAAAUGCAUCUCUGGGUUAUUUGUGGGGCAUAGGAAUUCAUUCAUUAUUAUUUUUUCCCAAAAUAUAGUCCGGCCCCCCACAAGGUCUGAGGGACAGUGGACCGGCCCCCUGCUGAAGAAGUUUGCUGACCCUGGUCUGUAGACAAAUAAUGUAUUUACGUGAUGUGAUAAGUGGCUUUUCCCUUCUGUACCAGCAGGUGGCACUGAAGAUAAGAAUGUAGCUUUUUUCAAUUAUUAUUUUAAAGAACUCCUGUUCUUUCCUCAGUGUAGCUGGAAAUAUAUACUUGCUUUUGAGAAACGCUUUUUGCAUUUUUAAGUGGGGGUUACAACAGUUAGGAAACAGAUGAGGCCACAGGCCAUGUUUUCAAACUACUGUUGUAUAACUGAUAGUGUUUGGGCAAAAAAUUGUAAUUCAUUUCUGCCAUGAAAUUUGCUGAAUGGCCCUGGUGCCUAGCCUACCUUACAGGGUAGUUGUUAGAAUAGAUGGGAGAUAGAAUAGAAUAGAGGGAGAAGGAGACCCAUGUAUAAUGCUCUGGGGCCCCUGGAGGAUGGGUGGGAUAAAAAUGCAACACUUUGGAUUAAUAGGCUGGAGUAAACCUGACCCAUGAUGGCUAGCUGCUCUAGAAUACAAAAUCCAGGGGCUGCAGUCCAGCUGAAUUGUGAACAAUGGGAAUCCUGCCAUUGGCUUCAGGGUAGAAUGCUUCUUAAACAUGCUUUUUGCAUAAUAAAUUGACCUGAUUCUGCUUGUAGCUCAGAAUUAAUUCUCUAUGUCCCUGGUAGGUGGUGGCUUGAUCAUUCAAACUCAACUGCUGAAUUUCUAGAUGUAGCAUAACAUUUUAAAACGUCUAUUUCACGAGGCACCGGGGCAUAACCAAGAUAAAUAAGUGAAAUAAACAUGUAGAGAAUGGGAAAAGGUUGUUUUUUUACAGCCUUUUUUACAACCUGUUCUUACGCUUUGUUUGAAGCAGAUCCCGUUGAUUUCUGUAUGCCUAGUACUAGGUCUUAAAACCACUGUGUGCGUCCAAAAUUGGUAUUCUUGUAGAUCAGGUGAAUUUUCUUACUUAGCAUUUUUUAUUUCUCCUAAAUGCAAACUAAAAAUUAUGUGGCUAGUGCUCUCUGCAUCUCAUUAUCCAGAGAUCCCUCCCAUGUAGCAAAUGGUUCUGGGUAGUUAAAACACGUUGUUGAGCCAGUGGUUGUUUUAGCCACAUUCUUCAUAACUUGUUCCACCACCCCAGUAAUGUUUAAUCAUCCUUUUGCCCAUGUUUCUGGCCUCCCAAGUGAACAGGAUAUUAUUAGAAGCACCUUUUCAGGUUCGCUUGUUGGCUUGAUUGCUUCAGUCUUACUUUGUUAUUGGAUUUUGACAUUUUGGGGCUAGUUGCUUUGUUUAUUGUUGCUGUUUUUAUUACGUUUUGCUGUAUUCUGUUUUAUCUUGUAACCCACGUUGAGGAGGCUUUUUUUUUUAUUUAUUGCACAAAAUUUAUAUACCACUUGAUUGUAAAAAUUGCCCCCCAAAAGCCUUCAAAAUGAUUGCUCUGAAAGGUGACCUGAAAAUAUUUUAAAUAAACAAGAGAGCAUUUGAUUUCAGUAGAUUCAGCUAACAAUUUGCUUUCCUUCCAGCAAGUCUUCUUUCUUUAACACUGAAUUGCUGGUGACUGAGAUCAUAAUCGGUUGACAAAGCACGUAUGAAGCUUUCAGCAUUUGUUUGAUCAAAAGGGAAAUUCCACCAAGAAACAAAUGGAAGUUUUGUUUGGGGAUUUGUGAGUUGCUAUCAAAUAAUUUUAUAAGAAUGCAUCCUGGAUGUAGGUAGAGGGAAGUGUCAUUAGCUUGAAUGUGAAUAUGAAUAUGAAUAAAAUCCUAUUUAGUGCAUCAAGAUUGUAAGAUUUUCUCAAUAAUAAUAAUCAAAUGGUGCGCAAUAAAAAAAGGAAAUAUAAACUUGAAAUUGUGUAUAGUUGCUCAUCUUAAAUACACUUAGGUUGGAGUGAAACUAUUUGAUUUCCAGAGCAGCAGUAGCACACUUAAGAUUGGAGCAGAACCUCUUAUAUAUAUUAAUACAUGCAGGCACCCCUUUGUCUUUGUGACAUGAUGACCUUUUGAAUUUGUCCAUAUCCAUUUCACUGCCUUUUGAUCAUUAGCUGUGGGGAGCCUUUGGGACACAUGGUUGGCCUGGAAGAGGCACAUCUAAAUUUAGGCACAUCGCUUUCUGUAGCUGGUAGAGUCAAUCUCUGCAGCUUGUAGCAUUAGUUGUAGAUACUUUGCAAGUGUAAGAAGCCGGGAGACACAAGUAAGUGAUUGCACGUUCUAGUAUGUGCUUCUCAGUGUAGUGUUAUCGUAUACUGUGAAUAUUUGUGUAUGACUAACUGUCUGACUUGAUUAAUUGACUGAUUCCAUUUACACACUGCAAUACUGCAUUAGAGGUGCUUUUUAAGGCUCCUGAAUGAGGGUCACAAUUUAAGAAGAUCUACUUAUCAGUUCACUGGAGAAAAAGAAGCAAUAUUUAUUAUGAUACAAUUUGUGUUUGAAGUAGGCACUGUUCUGCCUUAGGUUCAUAAGUUUAAUGGGUAGAUUUGGGGCUUCAGGAUUCCAUUCUCCUCAUAAACUCGUAUUCUACAGCUGUGAUUUUAAAGUCACUUGUUUGUUAAUUUUGUCAGAGUGACAAGGUGAGCACAAUGAGAAGCAUUGCUGAAUACCUUUUGAUGAAAGCACUGAUAUACCUGGAUAUCCAGAGUUUCCUUUCUCUGUUUUCUGUAUUAUUUAGCUCCAGAAAAUGAUUUAUUUUCCUUUGAUUUGUUAUUUUAAAUUACUCAAAGCACACACAAAAAUCAUAAUAUGGUAAAACAGUAAUCCAGCAAUAACAACAAAACAAUUAAAAAUCUAAAAAUUAAUAAGCAAUCAGAAUAAAAAGGGGAACCAAACCCAUUUACAACAAACAGAAACAAACCUAGUAAUUCCUAAUGUGUUAAAUGUACUGAAGUAGCCAGUUCAGUACCAUUUCCAGAGUGUCUGCUGAUGUUUAGUGGGCUGGAGUAAGAUGGCAAAGAGUCUUGUGGGACCUUAUACGCUAAUUUUUAUGGGAAGUGUCAGUAGCUUAGUAACAGAGCUACUGGCACCUCCAGUUAGGGCUGGGAAUGUCUCCUGCUCCCAGUCAGUGUACAGACAAUACUGAACUAGAACUAGCAGUCUCACUUAGAAUAAGGUAGAUUCCUAGAUAUCAGUGGUGUCGGCUUUUGUGGAGUAGAGGCCACUUUGUUGGAACCACAAAUUGUUGUCCCGUUGGCAGGUGCACAUUUCUAAAGGGAAAUGAGAUGCAAGCCAGAAGGCUUCUGUUUCCAAUCUCGUCAGCUGUUCGCUCACUGGGGAGUUUCGCUAAGCCACUGUUCUUCAGCUCCCUCCCUGUAAUAGGAUAGUAAUAUUACUGGCCUACUUGACAGAGUUGAUGUAAGGAUUACUGAAAUGGCAGCUUCACAGAUGAAUGGGGAUCUGAACUUGGGUUUUCCUUUUCCGCUGGUACUAAUGGCAGUCUUAUUUUCAUGUCUAGAAAUAAUUUAAAUAUGAAUAAAACUUUGAAUGGUGAGGUACUAUCCACCAAUAAACUCUGCCAUGUAAGCACUGCUGCUGCUCCAAGACCCUGAUUCAUUUUUUGCAGGAUCUUUGCCCUGUUCCCAGUGAGCCCUUUAGCAUGAAGCAGAUGCUCUGUUGCAGCUGCCCUUAAUGGAUAGUUUCCAUGUUUUAAAAAAAGCUACUGUUUCAUACAGACAUGUUUCGCUUUGUCUUUUUUGCUUUAUUUAGCAGACCUUGAAUAGAAGAUGGCCUCCUGUCUAUACGAUUGCCUUUGUGAAGCAGAGCUUGAGAAAUACUUUCCCCAUUUUAGUGCCCUUGGCUUUCAGAGGAUUGAUGAACUUGCCAAGGUCUCCAUGAAAGAUUACACCAAGCUGGGGGUGCAUAACAUGAAGGACCGCAAGCGCCUCUUCCAGCUCAUUCGAAUAAUCAAAAUGUUGCAGGCAGAAGAGGAAGCAAUGAGGAAGAAACAGCAUUUUCAGACAGGUGCUCUCUACCUCCGGCCUCAGGCAACGAGAUGUGGCCCUCGAAGACAACUGCACUUUGAUUCCCUCUCAGAGGAAAGAGAUGGAGGGAGAAAACAGCUUGAGCCUGAAUUGAGUGCCUUAUCCAAUUGCUCUGUAAAUGAAGAUAAAGAUGAUUUAGCUGCAGUGUUGAGCCACGAAGCUGAAUACAAAAGACCUAGGAAAGACUCUUUGAAUGCUGCUGCAACAUGGACAGAACAUAAACUGGGCAUUCCAGCUAUCAGUUCAUCUAACGAUAUUGCUCCUCUCCUAGGGGAUGCUGAAGCCCCCAUUGUACAAAGAGUAGCUCAUAUUUCAGGUUAUAAUUAUGGAGUGCCUCAUUCUUGUACCAGGUAAUAACCAUUUAUCUGUAUUCCUUUACAUGGAACAAUGUAAUUUUCUCCUUCAUACAUGUGGGGGAAGUUAAAAGUUACAAAAUAAAAUAAAAUUCUGCAACCAAUUAUCCUACAUACUCUUUUAGGAAUACAUUGUGCAUACAAUUAAUUUUGCACGUAUAAAUUUCUAUAGUGUGGGCUGACUUUGAAAUUGCAAAUUUAGCAUUUUUGACAUCCUGUGUUUCGCAGACCUAAUGCUUCUGAGAAGGAGACCCCGUGGACUGAGACUGACAAGAUCCGUGUGUGCGUCCGAAAGCGUCCCCUUGGCUUAAGAGAAGAGAGGCGUGGGGAAGUGAAUAUCAUCACAGUAGAAGAUAAAGAAACCCUCCUGCUCCAUGAGAAGAAGGAGGCUGUUGACCUCAGCCAGUACAUUUUGCAGGUUGCAGUAUUUUGGCUCCUUUCGUCUUGUAUCAUGUCUUAAAGUGUUCAAGUAAUGGUAUCAAACUGAUCUAUUUACAAUCAAAGAGGAGAUAAAACAACAACUUCCCACAGCAGAACUUGGAGUACUAAUCUGUAUUCUUAAAAUUUUGUAAAAAAUAAAAUAAAUCUGAGCAAACGAAACAGUAAAAACGGUUAAAUCCAGAAUAUUCAUCAACACCUUAUCCCCUGAAUAUUAAGCCCUUUUUUGAAAAUGAGAACUUUUGCGUGGACUUCCAUAGGCCCAGUGGAUAAGGCUUUAGAGACAGGAAAGGUGAGAGAGGAAGCUGCUUGUGAGAGAGGGCAUCUUUGUGCUUUUGCAGUGGCUUGCCGACAGGUGGAGAAGGAUCUCCACCAGAAAUCUGAAUGACUGCUUUAGUCCCUGGGGUCUUAUCUUAAUGGAUGACACUGUCCUUGGGCCUAGGAAAUAAGAAUUUGAAAGUUGAAGCCAACACCUUGAUUUGCCCCUGGAAGCUGAAAGGGAGCAAGCGUAGUUGCAGCAGUGACAGCAAGCAAGGAGCAUUGCAACAGUACUGCAGUCUGUAGGAGAAUGCUAUAGUGUAUUGUAGGCCAACAAAAGGCAGAUGUCCUCCAAGGUCCAUGGACCCCUAUACUCUUUGUUUAUUUUAGAUAUUUUGGGACGUGAGUGACACUGUGGUCUAAACCACUGAGCCUCUUGGGCUUGCCCAUCGGAAGGUCAGCAGUUCGAAUCCGCACGACGGGGUGAGCUCCCAUUGCUCUGUCCCAGCUUCUGCCAACCUAGCAGUUUGAAAGCAUACCAGUGCAAGUAGAUAAAUAGGUACUGCCGCAGCAGGAAGGUAAAUGGUGUUUCCGUGCACUCUGGCACUCGUCAUGGUCCUCCGUGCACCAGUAGCAGUUUAGUAAUGCAGGCCACAUGACCUGGAAAGCUGUCUGUGGACAAACGCUAUCUCCCUCGGCCUGAAAAGCACCACACCCCAUAGUCGCCUUUGACUGGACUUAACCAUCCAGGGGUACUUUACCUUUACCUUUUAGAUAUCUAUUACAUUUAUAGCAGCAGGGAAUUUGACAUUACCAGAAAAUGAUUGCAUAAUAAUUAAGUGCUGCUGUAUUAUAUUCUCAUAUUGCACGACAGUGUUUCACGAAUCAUUCUGGUGUGAAUGCCUAUGGUACAGUAGAAGACCAUAUUCCAGAUGCCAUAUUGUGCUCUAGGGAGAUAUUCCUGCCACAUAUGAGCCACAACCUGUGAUUGGCGGGUGGCGAGGGGAGGCAUCUCAGACCAGUACUGGAACACUCCCCAAAUAACAUUACAAAUGGUGCUAUAAGGAUGACAUGAUCCAAACUUUUACUUAUCUAGACUGUGAUAAACAUACAAUAUCUCUUGCUUGAAAGUUUUCUGUAAUUUUGUUGGACUUGCCUCUGAUUUACACUCUCCCACCAAAAAGAGAAAUGGGUAUUUCUAACGAUUAAAUGUUCUUCCUUGCAUUGUCUUCUCUCUUUUCUGUUGGAAAGUGAGCAUAUUGUAAUUACUGCCCGAGGCGCCUGUGCUUAACAAAGGCAACAGAACUGGGCUGCCAGCCUAGUGAAUUCCCUUUCCCCCGGUUUCCAUUGUACUAGAGAGCAAGGUUCUCACAGGCCUUCAGUGCUCCAGUUCUCGCUGAAUGAUCUAUGCUCUCUCUUCCUCUGCCCUCCUUCCCCUCUGUGGUUAAUGAUUUUUCAGCUAAUAGUCUUGCAUCUUUUCUCUCUCUUGGUCCCAGGUACCUUCUGCUGCCUAGAUCAAAUUCUCAUUCCGAUUGACAGCAGCAGGAAGGUAACCAGUCUGCAGAGCAGCAUGUUAUGUACACACAUGCCCCUCCUCCCCCCGGUGCUUCAGUUCAGUGGAGCUCUUGCCAAAUAAUAAAUAAAGUCCUCAUAGAUUGUGCCUACUGACACAAACAGCUUAAGAGGAAGAAUUCGCCUUAAGUGCAGGAAGUUUUACUUCUGAAAUUGUGAAAUGAGGAUUUCCUAGAAAUGUCUUUCUAGGUUUCUAGUUUCCUUUGCCUCAAAAAUACAUCAGAAUUUGGUAGUGGAAGUUCCUUUUCAGCAGCAAGAAUCCACGGCUUGAUUUUGGGCCUUAACUUUUAUUUUGCAUCAUUCCAUGUUAUCAUUGCAUACCUGUUCGCUUAAGGCAAGAUGAAGUAUUCUCUUCUGCCUCCCUCCCUCCCUCUUCCCUUUCUUAUUUUAGCUCUGCUCACAGCUUUGUUUCCAGAGACACUUGCUUGGUACAGUUGCUGAAUCCAUUAGUUUGCUCUGGCUGAUGGUGAUUGCAUGAUGUCUGAAUUUGGCUAUGCGGGGUCUGAGCUUCCUGGUUUCACUCUGAAUGGGAUUCACAUCCACAGCUGUGUAUCUUAUCAUCAUGGGUGGGUGAAAGGAGUGGAAUUCCUUUUUGUGUAAAUAUCCCUUUUCUUUUUGCAGCAUGUGUUUUACUUUGAUGAAGUCUUUGGGGAGGCCUGUUCCAACCAGGAUGUGUACAUGAAGACUGCCCACCCCCUCAUUCAACACAUUUUCAAUGGGUAGGGUGUUGUUGUAUCCUUUCCCUCUCUGUGCCUAUGAACAUUUUCGUUGUUUAUAGAAGUUUAUUGAAGUUUUCAUGGUGCUCACCUUUCUUCCUCUGUUUUUCUUUUGGUGAUGGUACACACACACACACACACACACACACACACACACUAUCAUAUCUGAAUUAUGUGUCAUUUUAAAAUAAAUGAGCAGAUAAGAGAAGGAAAGUAAAAAUUGUUUUCCUUUUUAUUUAUUUAGAUUUAUAUCCUGCCACUUGACAAGGUAGCUCACAAUUUAAAAGGUGAAUAAUCAAAUAUAAUAAUCAUAAAACAAAUAAGAAAAACAAAAUGUGUAGUAAAAAAGGGCAUCCGGUAUAAAAUCAGCAACAGGCGUAGCAUAACUCAGUUGUUCCCACCAUCGUAACCCCAAAGCCAGAACAUUUUCAUAGGUGUCUUGAAGACUUCCAUGGAAUUGCUGUGAUGGGCACCCAUUUAGGAAAGUAUUACCUAAGGUAUGCCAUUCUAGCAGAUAUUCAGUGGUAAAGGGGGUCUGACGUGGGGUUUGCAUUGGCAGCUGCAGAAGCAAGCUUUCCACUGGACGACUUAGGACUUUAAAGGUCAAAACUGGUACUUUGAAUGGAGCCUGGAAACCAACCAGCAACCAGCCGUGCUUCUUCAUUAUGAAUGUUCUUACAUCCUGUGACUGUUUGCAGCCAGUAGCUAGGCACCAAUUCUAGUCCAGGGGCUGCUUCUUAACACCCUUUCAAGGAUAGUCCCAUAUGAAGUGUUUCAUGUGGGGGGGGAAUAGAAAUCUCCUUAACAAUGUAAAUAACAAUAAAACCCAAAAUAGCAUCAUGCCAAAGCCCCACAGAAUGAAGGGGAACUGCAUAAGCACACAAAAGUAUAAUGGGGUUGGUGGUUGAUUUUCAGGCUGGCAGCGCAGAUCUUCUGCAUUACCAUGUUACAUAUUUUUGUGUUUUUAUAUUGUAAACCACGCUGUGCUCCUUGGAUGAAGGGCGGUAUAGAAAUCUUGGAGCACUGCAGCAGGCACAUGACUUAGGAGGAGUGUCACCUCCCCACCAGUGUUCUCAACCACACUAGGGAAAUGUGUAGCUUUUGAAAAGUAAUGGUGACUUGUAUUUACUUCUGUAACAAUGAACGAUCAGAAUUUUUUUAUUUUAAUAGUUAAAAAAAAAGCAGGGUCCCAAGGUGCUUUAAACACUAAUGUAAGUGUCAAGGGACACGGGUGAUGCUGUGGUCUAAACCACAGAGCCUAGGGCUUGCCGAUCAGAAGGUCGGCGGUUCGAAUCCCCGCGACGGGGUGAGCUCCCGUUGCUCGGUCCCUGCUCCUGCCCACCUAGCAGUUCAAAAGCACGUCAAGUGCAAGUAGAUAAAUAGGUACCGCUCCGCUGGGAAGGUAAACGACGUUUCUGUGCGCUGCUCUGGUUUCGUCAGAAGCGGCUUAGUCAUGCUGGCCACAUGACCCGGAAGCUGUCUGCGGACAAACGCCGGCUCCCUUGGCCGAGAUGAGCGUGCAACCCCAGAGUCGUCUGCGACUGGAUUUAACAGUCAGGGGUACCUUUACCUUUACCUUUCUGUAUCAUGGCCUGAACUUUCAUGGGCUAUACCCACUCUGCUUUUGAGAGAUUCCAGUAGCUGCUUGUGGUUGUUGUUACUGCUGCUUUAUUGUGAAUCAAAUCAGCUCAUGGGCUGGAAAACCAGUGCUGAUGGUCCCAAUUUGUUUGUUAAACUAAGGCUUGCUUCUUUUAAUGCCACCUCACUCAGCUAGAAAAAGAGCAGCCUCUUGUGGCCAUUCAGGAUUUCAGAUGCUGUUUCAAAAUAAGUCUCAGUAUGGAGUGUCAGACUUGAGUGUCAUCUGCUGGAGGCGCUGCCCACUAAUUUUUGAUGCCAGAGAAGUCAGCAGAGAUUUGAGUAAUACUACCUGGGUUAUAAGCAGUUUGUGGAUUGCACCUGGGGCACACGUAAAAUUUCUUUCCUGCCAUAUCCCAAAUGUUCAGGGUGGAUUACAAUAGAUAAGCUGGGCCAGGGACAUUAAAAAUGGUGCCCUACUGAUGGUGCCGAUUUGCAAGGCUCCAUUAUGACUAAGCAGGGAUUGAAAUCUGGAUUUCUGCUGCUCUGCAUUGCACUGCAAAAUAAAAUAAAGGUACUUCAGAGACGAUCUCCUUUGGUGUAAGUAGAAGAAAUAUUUAUUGCAAGGUCAUUGUCUUGUACCAUUGGUCUCUGCUUCUUUAACUAUACCAAUUUAGUGUAGUCCCCUCUCCUUGCAUCUUUCAUAUUGCUACUUAAAACAACAACUGGUAUUCAGCUACAUAAGGAAAACCCACCAGUACAAUUACAUUUUGUUUUCAGCCUUGUGACUUUUGGGACAAAGUCAACUAGAUGAAGGUACUUUUAGGAUGCAACCAUAUUAAAUCAGAGUGUAACUUGAGAAAGGUCAGAUGUAAUACUGCUCACAACUUCUAUAUAAAUAUUUUACCAUUCAACUGUACAUACACACAGACACAAGACGCUUUCAUAUUUAAGGAAGCAAAAAGACCAAAUACCUUCUCUCCAUCUUCCACCUGGCUGUUCUGAUUAGUUAGACUGACUAUUGGGCCAAGCUGAAUAUCACAAAAGACUAAACUCCACAUUUUUGUCAACAUUAUAAUGUAAACAUAAUCAGUUAUGGCACCAGCUUAAUGGAGAGUGCCCCAUGCUGCGCCCAAGCCACAGAGGCAUCACGCAGGAGUUCUUUUUGAGGCAGCUGGGAAGGUUGUUAUUGGAGUGACAGCCGCUCCUAAUGGAGCCAUUGUGUUGUGGAACGUGCAAGAUAGGAAUCAAAAGAAGGGCAAGCAGGUCCAGGGGACUGUUUUAAAGGGUGCCAUCCUUGCCCCGGUUAGCCCGCCAGGGGGAGGACUGCAUUAGUAUUGAAGGCAGAAAAGCUUAGCUCUUGUAGCUUAUGGUGGUUCUCUUGUAUAGCCACUGAACUUCACGUAGCAGCUCUGUACAUGAUGUUCCCCACUGAUGCCUCUUCCAUAUGCUUUGUUGCCUUCUCUACAGUCAAGCCUUUUGAGAAUGUCUUAUGUGCAACAGAUCUAAACAGGAUGUGAGAGGACAUCAGGAGAUCUCUUGGAGGCUGCUUCCAUAUCUCCACAUUUGAUUAUCCCACAGAAGUAGUUUUGGGCAAGCAUUCAGUGUCUGUGUUUUACCAUAGUCUUUUACACGCUAAUAGAAGCUGUUAUAUUAAAAGAUGCUUCUCUUUCUUUUGUUACAGCGGCAACGCCACCUGCUUUGCAUAUGGGCAGACGGGUGCUGGCAAGACCUAUACUAUGAUUGGCACUCACCAAAACCCAGGACUCUACGCCCUGGCUGCUAACGAUAUCUUCAGGCAAUUGGAAGCAUCUCAGACUAGAAAAGACCUCCACGUCUGGAUCAGCUUUUAUGAGAUCUACUGUGGACAGCUUUAUGACCUGCUAAAUGGAAGGAAGAGGUGCUUAAAAUCCGAGAGUACAGCUUUUGAAACCAAGGCCGUUAAUCAGAUAUAGCUGAACAGAAUUAGAGUUGCUUGGAACAGAGAAAUCUGGGGACAAGUGGGUUAUUGUUGUUUUUUUAGUGAAGGGAUGCACAAUAAAGUCCUGUCCCAAGAGCUGUGCAGCUUGCUCAGUCAGCCUAAAAGAGGAGGGAGGCUUUGAUUUUGUAGUUUCACAAGUGUGCAGUUUAGGAGUUGGUAGCUAGAUGCCCAGAGCCAAAUCUGCCCCCAGAGAAGUAUCUACUCCUCCUUCUGUUGCCAGGGCUACACAGCAGGGUUGAAUUCCAGAUUCAAAUUCCAGAAUGGAGACGUCUCCCGUGUGGCUCAGUCAUGUCAGCUUUUGUCCUUCCUUUGACAGGGUGACCUGAGGGAUGUGUUGAUGUUUGCAUGGCACAGGGAGUGCUUUCUAGCGGAGAGGUGGCGAGAGCGCUGUUUCGUGGGGGCUCUGUGGGGACGGAGGACUGCAAACACUUAAUCAUCUCUCUGGGUUAUUAAUUCUGCAACAGGCAGAUGACAAUUUAAAUAUCAACAUAAAUUAAUUCCCCCACUCCUGAUUGUUCUACCUGAUACACUCAGCAGUGUCUGCUGCCCCUGCGAUUUCAAGUGUGAAAUGAAAUGAGGAGCUCCCGCUGGGAAGUUUCAGCUAUCAAUUCUGCUUCAGAAUGGGGUGGACUGUGCAUUGAAAUAAAACCAAUUUCCCGUGAAUGGCUGUGUCUUUCAAGGGCAGCUGGUGCUAUCCCACUGUUGGCAGGGUUGGGUGAGGAUGCGGAUGUGAAAUUGUGGAGCCUUACCUUCCAUUGUUCAUGGUGGGAUCCAUUUCCACAUAAGGGUUGCUGGAUCAGGUGCUGUGUGUCUUCCUGUCCUUUGGUCAUGCUUUUCAACCAGUGAGUGAGGUCAUCAAUAAAUUUUGGCUGAGGCCACUUGAGGAAGCAGGAUGUUGCUCUAGAUAGGCUUUUGGUCCGAUCUUGCUGGGAUCUUAAUUAUCGGCAUGCUGAUGACGCUCAGCUCUUGUGUUCGUCUAAUUUGAGUGUGUCAGGGGAUGCCCCAAGUUUCUGGAGUUAGUCAGGGGUUGGGUGAGAGCUAAUAAAUGGAAGCUCAACCCAGGCAAGGUGGAGGUGCUGCUGGUGGGUGCCUCAGCUGGCCAGGAAGGAAGUAUUCAUCCUGUGACUGAUGGCGUUGCACUCAUGGAGGGACAAGUUCAAAGCCUGCAGUUAGAUCCAGCCUUGACUGAUUGCAUUUAUAUCCCACUUUUCCUUCAAUGAGCUCAAGGUGAUGUUCCCCUCCUCCCUGCUUUAUCCCCACGAAAACCCUGUGGGGUAGAUCAGGCUGCGAGUGAGUGACAGGCCUAGGGUCACCCAGGGAGCUUAAUGGCUGAGUGGGGAUUUGAACCCUGGUCUCCCAGGUCCAACACUGAUCACUAGACCGCACUGGCUCUCUUUGAUUGUGUAUAGAACAGUGAUGCCUGUGGCAUGAAGCACCUUUUAACCAACUUUGGUGCAAUGGCUGCAACAUUUCUUGGAAAGAGAUGGACUUGGUAACAUGGUUCCGCUUUUCAAGAUUACUUGGAAACUGGAGCUGGUUUGGAGUAUCACGGCCAGGUUAUUGAUGGGAACCUGCUGGACUAUGACUCCCAUAAUUUCUGACAAUCGGCCAUUGUGCCUGGGAUUGAUAGAGUUGGGGUUCAGCAACAUCUGGAGAGCCACAGAUUCCCCAUCCCUGAUCCAAAUGUCCUGUGCCCAGGACAAUGACUUCUGUCAUAUGAACCUGUCCGUUUACAGAGAUCAUUGUCCAAACAUCAGUCAAGGCUCCUUGUGCCCCUCCCCUUCAGAGAUUUUUAGAAUAGGGUAUUUCCUGCAAUGACAGCUUGUUUCUGAAACAUGAUUUCCAAGAGAACUCACAUGGCACCCAUCCUGUGACUGUUGAGGAGCCAGCUUAUGGUUAAAAUUAGCAUUAUGGUCUUCCGUAGUUUGAGUUUUGUUCCGCUGUCCCUUCCUUGGACUCUGUUGUUUUUCUGGUUGUUGUUACAUUGAAUUAUUUAAUGGGUGCUUAUUGUAAUCGGCUCUAUUUGGAAGUAGUGGUUAAAAGUAAAUUUCAUGUUUUGAAAAUUAAAAAUGGGCAUUUGUUGAACCUUUCCCCAAACACUUUUGCAACUAAUCUAUGUGGUUUCCUCUCCAGGCUUUUUGCAAGGGAAGACAGUAAGCAUAUUGUGCAGAUAGUCGGGUUGCGUGAGGUCCAAGUGAACACCGUCAGCCUGCUACUAGAGGUAAUUCUGACCACCCAGACGGGCAUAUUUUAUUAAGCUUUGAGGGUGCAGGUACCAUGGAAAUACCACUGUGCCCCACGUAAUGGUCAUUAGACGUUUCAGGAUGUGUACAGAGUGCAUGUGGCCAAUUGUUCUCAUUAAGCGUUUUCUUAAGGAAAAUACUGGACAUACCUGGGCUCUCAUUAGAUUAUUUCUUCUCUCUCUCCUCAUUAGAUUCUUAAGACUCACGGGUUUUCUUAAAAAACGGAUUUCCCUUGAAAAAAAAGUACUAGAAGGAACCAAAACAAAAGUUAGGUCUCAUCAUCUCUGAGCCCAGUUAAUGACGUUAAAGAAUUUCUUUCCCCACUUUGGGGUUAAGAGUUCUGAGGAUUUUAUUUACUUACUUGGGCCAUCCUGUUCUGCAGUGCCUCCCAUCCUGCCUUGAACUAACAACAAACACUUUUCAUUGCUGAGCAACUUCCACAACUUGGUUCUUUCAGCUUUCAAACCGCACAGUUGUUCUCUCCCUCCUCCCACCCCCCCCCAAUAUUUUUGUGCUGAUAGGAGCUUCAAAGUACUUUGGGCAUUGCAAUAGAUGUAGAAACGAUAUUGCAAAAUUUUAACACUGAGGGUCUCAGCCCUGGGCACCAAUUCCUUCUUUUGUUCUAUUGACCAGAAAUUGAAAUUGCUGUGCAUCCCCCACCCCCCUCCUGCCCAGCUGUUUUGUUUAGUCAUGUCCGAUUCUUCGUGACCCCAUGGACCAGAGCAUGCCAUGCACUCCUGUCUUCCACUGCCUCCCGCAGUUUGGUCAAACUCAUGCUGGUAGCUUCGAGAACACUGUCCCACCAUCUCGUCCUCCGUCAUCCCCUUCUCCUUGUGCCCUCCAUCUUUCCCAGCAUCAGGGUCUUUUCCAGGGAGUAUUCUCAUGAGGUGGCCAAAGUCUUGGAGCCUCAGCUUCAGGAUCUGCCCUUCCAGUGAGCACUCAGGGCUGAUUUCCUUCAGAAUGGAUCGGUUUGAUCUUCUUGCAGUCCAUGGGACUCUCAAGAGUCUCUUCCAGUACCAUAAUUCAAAAGCAUCAAUUCUUUGGCGAUCAGCCUUCUUUAUGGUCCAGCUCUCACUUCCAUAUAUCACUACUGGGAAAACCAUAGCUUUAACUAUACAGACCUUUGUUGGCAAGGUGAUGUCUCUGCUUUUUAAGAUGCUGUCUAGGUUUGUCAUUGCUUUUCUCCCAAGAAGCAGGCGUCUUUUAAUUUCAUGACUGCUGUCCCCAUCUGCAGUGAUCAUGGAACCCAAGAAAGUAAAAUCUCUCACUGCCUCCAUUUCUUCCCCUUCUAUUUGCCAGGAGGUGAUGGGACCAGUGGCCCAGCUGUUUACUUUGGCAGUAUUUUCUUUGCUGUUGGCUAUGGAGACAGAUGAGCAAGCUGUCCUUUCGUAGUGCACUGAACUGAUUGUGUGUCUCUUCACUUUCUGGCUCACUAAAUCCUUUGGCACGCUUGGAAUGUAUAGUUUCGGGUAGGGGGGUGAGAAGAGAAACUGUCCAGCUUAUGUCCAGCCUUAACGAAAUACAUUUUGCUUUGCUCAUUUCCAGUGAGUGAUUGUUGCACAUGGGUAGGAUUUCCAAUGACUUUUUCAGAUAGUGAUAAAUGGGCCAUAUGAAAGGACCUUGUGGCAGAGAUGAGGACUCCACAAGUUGCUGGGCUUAAAUAUCUGCCUCCUCGUUUUGUGGUAAUGCUGGUGAUGAUGGAAGGAAAUAUUUAGGGGGGUGAAUUACCUGCCAUCAAACUGCCAUCAGACAUUUAAGUUGCAAGGACAUUGAAUUUCCUAUUUCUCUUUUUUAAAGUAAUUUUUAUUGGGCUUUUUAAUAUAAAGGUAAAAACAUAAAACACUAGAUGAAACAACUCAAAUAUGGAAUAACAAAACAAACAACAACAAAAAAAGAAGAGUAAGGAUCAAACAGAUAAUAAGCAAAAUAAAGUAAUUUACAAAAGAGGGCAUAAGUAGAUGUUGUGUUCCUACAGUAUAAAAAGAAAAAGACAAAUUAAUAUAAUAUGAAGACUAUAAAGUUCCCAAAUGCCCAAUGAUGCUGGAGUUUUGCCUCUCUCUGAAUGAGUGGCGUGGUCUCCCUUGAGUCAUCUGGGGCUGGUUGGACUGUACAGUGGUACCUCGGGUUACAGAUGCUUCAGGUUACAGACUUUGCUAACCCAGAAAUAGUACCUCGGGUUAAGAACUUUGCUUCAGGAUGAGAACAGAAAUCGUGCGGUGGCGGCAGUGGGAGGCCCCAUUAGCUAAAGUGGUACCUCAGGUUAAGAACAGUUUCAGGUUGAGAACGGACCUACAGAACGAAUUCAGUUCUUAACCCGAGGUACCACUGUACUAGUACGUAUGCAGUUUCACUGUGGGGUUUAUGUGGGGAGUCCUAGUCUUAGUUCUGCUCCUCCUUCAUUCCAGGUAAUUCUGAAAGGAGGAAAAGAGCGCAGUACCGGGGCAACUGGAGUCAACUCGGAUUCCUCCCGUUCCCAUGCCAUUAUCCAGAUUCAGAUUAAGGACCCAGCAAACAGAGUGUUUGGAAGGUGAGUGGUAAAGAGCUGGAAAUGUUCCAUUCUGCCUCCAAGACCUUGCAAUGAGCCUUGCAGGCCUCUUCUCAGAAUGCAGCUGCCAUGUGCAGAGUGUAUGUACUCUGCUCAUAGGAAACUCCUGGUGAAGAGCUUGUUAAAAAAUGUACACCCAACCCCUCCUGUAGGGUUGCGGGUGGCGCUGUGGGUUAAACCACAGAGCCUAGGACUUGCCGAUCAGAAGGUUGGUGGUUCGAAUCCCCGCGACGGGGUGAGCUCCCGUUGCUCGGUCCCAGCUCCUGCCAACCUAGCAGUUCAAAAGCACUUCCAAGUGCAAGUAGAUAAAUAGGUACUGCUCCGGCGGGAAGGUAAACGGCAUUUCCGUGCGCUGCUCUGGUUCACCAGAAGUGGCUUAGUCAUGCUGGCCACAUGACCCAGAAGCUGUACGCCGGCUCCCUUGGCUAAUAAAGCAAGAUGAGCACUGCAACGCCAGAGUCGGUCACGACUGGACCUAAUGGUCAGGGGUCCCUUUAACCCUUCCAGUGUACACUUAAGGUGGUUUACAACAAGAAUGAAAAUCCCAUAAAAGAAAUGAAACAACAUAAACGUUCUGAGGUGGUGAGGGUCUACUUCUAAGCCUAGCAAGACAAUUUCCUUGUCGAAGUAGGAAAGUUUUAACCAGCCAGCCAAAAAAGAAAGGAACAACAAGGGAGCAGAAUGCAGAUCGGUGGGCAAGGUAUUCCAUCAUUUAAGUUCAGCCAUCAGGAAGACCUCUGUUCUCCUGAGUAGUCACCCCCCAGCUACAGAUGGAACAUGGAAAAGGUUCGGUCCCAUACCGUAGAUCCUGCUGACUGGGCAGAUUGGUGCUGGAGGCUCUCUUGGGCAUAAGCCACUUAGGGCUUACUGUUCUUAUGUUGACUGGUUGGGGAUGGAAAUGGCUCAGGUAGUCUGAUGGAAUGGCUGUCGCUAAGUGACAAUAGGAGGGAGUCCCAAAGGCAGCAGCAGUGAAGGUGGAAAAGCUGGCUUAAAUGGCUUCGAGCAAGCCCGUCUCUAGGUGUUGAGGAUAAAACCUCACUCUGGACCUGCUGGAAGAACUACAAAAUUUUUCGCUCCAUCAGACACGCCUAGGUUUUAGAGGGGGAAUGCAAGAAAAAAAAAUUCUUUAAAGGGAGCGCUGAGGAGAACCUGUAUGCAUCCCAGGCUCUGCUCAGCGCUCCGUUUCAUGAGCCGCGGGGGCUUUUUCCCGAGGAGGGAGAAGGGCAGCCCGUCAGUCCCUUCCACCACCACCCAGAAAAGCUCCCAAGAGCCGCGCUCCCUCUAAAGAGCUGCACGAAGGGACUGACGGGCUGCCCUUCUCCCUCCUCGGGGAAAAGCCCCCAAGAGCCGCACACACCCUCAGGGAGCGCUGAGCAGAGCCUCCCGCCUGCAUUCGCUCCAUAAGAGACACACACACAUUUCCCCUUACUUUUUAGGAGGGAAAAGGUGCGUUUUAUGGAGCGAAAAAUACGGUAAUUAAUUAAAAGAUGGAUAAGGUGGUGCUAAAAUUUUGGUUUUUGAUUUUGAUUUUGGUUUUCCAGGAUCUCCUUCAUUGACCUGGCUGGCAGCGAGAGAGCUGCGGAUGCCAGGGACUCUGACCGGCAGACGAAAAUGGAAGGUGCAGAAAUAAAUCAAAGUCUUCUGGCUGUAAGUUGCUGUGAAUUGUGCUUUUUCUGAGAUUAUUUGAAUACAGUUUGCAAUACAGUUCCUAAUAUUUGACAGUGAUUUUUUAGAAGAUGGAAUUUUCUCUGGGAUGAGAACUCUGCGCAGGGCUGCUUGUGUUUAAUGGAGUACCAGAUCUGGAUGCUGGUGCAGGAAUAGGAGACGAUUAAGAUUGAGCCACAGCGGGCCCUCACUAACUUCACAUCCGGUUUUCGGCUUGCAAAAAUCCUCCACCGUGGACAUAAAGUAGUGAUGCUCUUUGCUUCUGCUGGGUACUUUCUCUCUCCCUUUUUUAUAAGACAGGUGGUGCCAGAAUGAGGACAGAAUGCAUUGCCCUAACGUUGAUUUGGCUUCAGAAUGUGUUAUCCCUUUACCAAAUCUCAUUGGCUGCAUUGCAUAGUCAAAAGGACCAAUCCUGAACCUUCUAAGAAGACUCAGAACCUGAUUAUGAACUGGGUCUUGCCCUAGAAGCUGCAAAUAAACCUGCUGAAAGAGGAGAUGGGUGGGGGGAACCUUUGCCUCAGAGAGUCACUGUCAGUGAGACCAAACUAGGCUAGAUGAAGCAGUGGCCUCAUUCCAACAGAGGUCUAUAGUCUAUAGAGCGAGCAUAAAUCCUGAAAUGCUGUAUUCGUGGGCUUUUUUGUGCCAAGGAAAGACUCUCUAGGCAUGUAACACGGAAAAAGGAAGGUUGCAACCUUCCUUCUUUCCUUUGGUUUUUAGGGGCAAUGGGCGUAUAACAUAAGCUGCCCCCCCAAAAAAAACCACUGGGGAAAGCAACAGAUGGUUGCUCCAUGGUCCCAAGCACUGGUGACUAACCUAAAGAUUGCUACUCUGAUGCCUGCUCCAGGCAAUGCAAUCUUGAGUAGAGCCAGGGAGGAACUGACAAUAUCCCUCUGCUUGCAAAGGCCCAUCCAAUACAGUGGUACCUCUGGAUGCAAACAGGAUCCGUUCCAGAGCCCCGUUCGCAUCCUGAGUAGAACGUAACACGUGUCUGUGCGUGUGGCGUUUCGCUGCUUCCGUGCAUGCAUGAGAUGUCAUUUUGAGUGUCUGCACAUGCGUGAGCGCGAAACCCGGAAGUAACGAGCAAAGUGUGGUCUUGUGAAAAAAACAACCCUGUGUGCUGGCAUUUUUAUACUCGCUCACUGUGUGAGGCCACCUGUUAUUGUCUUUCUCUAGCUGAAAGAGUGCAUCCGCGCCCUGGAUCAGGAACAUGCUCACACUCCCUUCAGGCAAAGCAAACUCACUCAGGUAAGGCCCAGGUCAACACCAGAACUCUUUCCCCAAAGGCUGCUUUAAACGAGCGUUACUUCAGGGUUUGCCGAUGGGAAGAAAAGCAACAUUAACGAAUGGGUUUAAGUUACAGGAAAACAGCACCAUUCUGUGCUCUAAACUUGCUUUGUUUUUAAACUUGCAAAUGGCUUUUUCCUCCUCAGUGAGCUCUGGGAAUUGUAGUUUUGUGAGGAUGCUGUACAUUCCCUGACAGAAUCUCAGAUCCCCACAGUUGCAAAAUACAAUGUGGUUUCCUUGGAUAUCUGGAAUAAAUUCCAUCUAAACUGUUUUCCCAAGAAAGUUUGGACUUCCAUGGCGGGAGGAAACCUUGGAUUGGCUGGCUUACAUCCCAGGCAUCCUGUUGAGGUCAGGCGUAGCGUACAUAUCAGGCUAAGACUCAGGUGCACUUCAUGGCACGUUCUCUCAGCCUAGCCUACCUCACAGGGUUGCUGUGAGAAUAAUAUGGGAAAGGGAGAUAAACGUAUGCUACCUUGAGGUCCUUGGAGGAAGGGUGGGAUGUAAGCAUAUAAACUUUUGAAAAGCAGUUACCAUUGUUUAUUUAGUUCCGUUUUAUUUAGUUCAGAGUGGGUAACAACAAUCUUUGAAAAUGUGUUUGGGCUAAAGCGCUUUAAGAUGUGCCUUCCGUCCCUCUCCCUUCAAGGUCCUGAAGGAUUCUUUUGUUGGCAAUUCCAAGACCUGCAUGAUAGCCAAUGUCUCCCCCAGCCACAUUGCGACUGAGCACACCUUAAACACCUUGCGCUAUGCAGACAGGUAAGUGGUGGCACUGAACCAAAAUGGACUCACUGCAAUCACUCCUGGGCCCUGUGAGAUUCCAAAUUGUGCAGUUGUGAGGCAAAUAUUACCUUUUGUUGCCUAGCUUCACUUAUAAGGUGAUGUGUUGCUGGUUCCUAUCUUUAACUGUCACUUCUUGUCAAGAGUGGGUUGAAGAUUGAGCUCUUCCGUCCCUCCAGUUCCAAGGAAUGAGCUGCUGGCCUUACCAUCAAUCCAUGGUUUAAACUGAUGAGCAGCCUUGGUUCAUGAUCUGAGCUACGCUGCCAGCUUCUUUUCUUUAUGGGAAACAAGACGAAUGGCACAUUCCAUCGGGAACUUUUUACACUGCAAGCUUCACUGAAAUUACCAAGAAUCGCACAGUGAUAAAGACUCCUGUAAAGCUGGGCUGCCAUCCAGAAACAUAAACAAAAAUGCAGCUCAGAUAUUUAUUGGUGUCUUGAACUUGUUUUAGAUGCUAGAAUCUAUAUUUAGCUAGUGGAUUAAAAUGACUGGUGGAGUGAAUAUUUCUAGCCAAAUUAACUUGCUUAACUGUGGCUUGGUCCAUUGCAAGAAGCAAGUGAAAAGACAUUUCUUGAGAUUUUAACAGAUAGUUAUAAAUGUAUAUGCAUUUGUUUAAAUUUGCACCCCACCAUUCCUCCCAGCUAUAACUAUUAGAAAUCUUCCAGAGUCCCUACUUGAAUGGCACUAUUCUAUUGGGGAUGCUUGUCUAGGUCUACGUCCUGCUCUCCCCCCCCCCCCCAAGACUGGCAAUGGGUGUCAGCGAGGGCAAAGCUGAAGAAUCCUAUGUUGACAAAAGACAGUGUGCUGGUUGCUAUACAAAGAAACACAAAUCCAACUUAAUGGUGUAACGUUAGAAAAUGUCAACCACUUUACCUACCUGGGCAGUUAUAUUUCCACAACGGCUGACAUUGAUCCAAAAUCCAGCAUCGCCUGAGCUCUGCUAGUGCAGCUUUCUCCAGAUUGAAGUGCAGAGUGUUUGAGGACGGGGACAUUCGCAGGGAAACCAAAACGCUUGUUUACAAAGCUAUUGUACUACCAACCUUACGAUAUGCUUGUGAAACAUGGACCACUUAUAAAGGCCAUCUUUAACUCCUUGAAAGAUUCCAUCAACAGUGUCUAUGAAAAAUUUUACACAUCAUUUGGGAAGACAGGCGAACAAAUGUCAGUGUACUGGAAGAAGCAAAGAUCACCAGUGUUGAAGCAAUGAUUCUUCAACAUUAGCUUUGUUGGACAGAUCAUGUUGUUUGGAUGCCUGAUUAUUGUCUUCCAAAGCAACUACUCUAUUCCCAACUUAAGAAUAGAAAGUGAAAUACCAGUGGACAACAAAAUAAGUUUAAAGAUGUUCCCAAGGCAAAUCUAAAAAAAUGUAACAUCAACACUGAUAAUUGGGAAACACUGGCCUGUGAGCGCUCCAACUGGAGAACAGCCUUUACCAAAGGUGUUGUGGACUUUGAAGAAGCACGAACUCAGGAUGAAAAGGAGGAACGUGCUAAGAGGAAGGCAUGUUUGGCAAACCCUCACUGUGAUCACUGGUCUCCACAGUCACUUACGGACUCACUGUUUAGACUAUUUUCAUGGAAAACCAUCUUACUCGGCUACGAGUGAUCACCAAAGAAAGAAGACAACACCCCCAAAAAUAAUAAUAAUAAUGAAGUGGUACAAUCUGUAGCAAGGGGCUGGUUUACAUGAGGUGCAGUCAGCAGUGGGGAUCUAGUGGCAGUAGAAUUGGGUGAAUUCAGGAAAAGCUUUGUUGCAGCUUAGAUCUUGAAGAAUUUUAAAGAGAAGAGUUGGUUGGUGAAUUAAGAGGGCUUUGGAACACAUAGCAAAAACUGGGAACUGGAACCUGGGAAGGAAGCAAAAGGACCCAAAGAGAGGCAAUAUUCAGGGCAAGUGAAGAGUUGGGAACAGAGGGAAGCAGCAUUUAUUUUUUAAAACAACUUCACCACACACCCAGAUUCCUAUUUUCCCAAAGCAUAUGCAGAUUCUCCCUGAUAUAACUUUUGACAGGAGCGAGGUGGAAAGUGCCUAGCGAGUCAGUCUUGUUACCUCCUCUCUGCAUCUGUUCCCCAACCAAAGACAACAUCUCCGUUUCCCCUGCAAGCCCCAAUGUGUGGGAGUCCAAUUAGGGGUGACUUUACCUCACCCCCAAACCUAUGGAAAUCCUCUCCUAUGUGCUUUUGACCUGCUCUAGCAGAGGGCCUGGACCAGUAUAGAUUAAGAUUGCUGUUUCUGCUCAGCCUCAGAUCUUACAAGAUCUGAACAUCUGAAAUGGACACAAAUGAAGGGAAUAAAGCUUGCAUCAAUAUCCUCAAGCACAACUGCUAACUUAUGUCUCAUUUGUCCUGUCCCCCUGACUUGCCACCAAAGAGACCCUCUCCCACUGACUAGACCCCCAGCCCCUGGCAAAGUAUCCCCCCUUCUACCCCAUAUCGGGUCCCGCUACUCUUUCUCUGUCCUGUGAAGAGCUCCCUAAGAAAGAAACUCGGAAGAUGUGUUUCAUAAGCGGAUGAAGAAAUCGGGCAGAAACUAAAUAAGGGCAUUUGGGUUCCACCUUCGUGUAUCUUGAUAUGAAAGAUUUGUGGAAAUCCUUCCUGCCAGCGUAGAGCCAUUGGUUCUGAUGGAACUGCAGCAGGAUAAGUAUUCCUUAAAACUGCCCACAGAAACCAUAUGCCCACAGACAACCAUAUGUCAGGAGUGCUCUGAUGGUGUUUCCUGCUUGGCAGGGGGUUGGACUCGAUGGCCCUUGUGGUCUCUUCCAACUCGAUAUGAUUCUAUGAAAGAGCUCAUCUGGUACUGUGGCUAAUGGGCUCCACUACAAAUUGGGGAGGCUCCAGUUCAGAACUGAGCAAGUGGCUGUGCUGAGAGGGCUAUGAUCUUUAUUGCAUGGUUGCUGUAAGGCCUGCAAGGAGAUAAUGUAUCGGAAGGGCCCUGAACACUUGUAAAUACUAGAGACAUUCUAGGCGUUAUGUGAUAAUAAAAUCUGGGCUUGAAAGCCUUUCUUUCCCUAAUGUCCAUCUUUUCAUUCCCAGGGUGAAAGAGUUGAAGAGAGGGAUGAAAUUUUGUACACCUGUUGCACAGCGACGGCGAACGCCAGGCAGCGUAUCUCCCAAACGCAUUCAGAGUUCUCUUUGCGUGCAAGGCGGGGAAAAGAGCUCUCCUAAGAAAGUGAAGCUGGGGUUGCAGCAGCCCCCAACACCUACAGCUUCCAAGGCGAAGGCUUCACCUUUGGGGUUUCACCCGCUGCACCCUCCUUUCUCUUCCACCCCGAAAGGACAGGCCCGCAAAGGUCAUUUUGGUGCCCUGUGGCUCGGCCGCACCAGCCCAGUUAAAGGCGUUCCGAGGGCAGGACCAGCGGCCAAAAAGACAACGGAAGACUCACUGCUGCAUCCUGGGAACAGCCUCGUUGGGAAGGACUUUGGGUCCAGGAGAGAAAGCGGCCAAGCAGACAGACCUCGAGCCAAGUGCCUGAAAGCCCAACCUGUGCAGAAACAGCUCAUUUCCAGAGCUGAUUUUUCCUUUGCUGACACGGACCAACCAUCCUUCCGCACAGAGGAAGGCGGGAGAGUGUUUGCAGAGCAGUGCACUGCAGCAUGGACAAGGCUCCCGCCCCACCAGAAAGACCGGGAGCAACACCUCCGCCUUUACCACCAGCAGUUCCAGCAGCCUCCUAUUCUGCAGCAGAAGCUGAACUACCAACCCCUGGAGAAGUUCCUGGCCCAGUACAUGCCUCAGGAGAUCCGGGUGAAGCAGGAGCCCCCUUGCCAGGCUCUGGCAUCUCCUCCCCAGUGCCGGGACGAGACAAUGCAGCUGGAGGACCUGGAGGACAGCGACUUCAGCGAGGAUUCCUUCUCCGUCGGUCCCAGCCGGAGGAAGCCAGAAGCAGAAGCUGGAAGGGAAUGCAGCCAGGGGGGUUCGUUUUUCCUUCAUCAGAGAGAAUGCGCUGAAGGGCAGGAAGUCCAGGGCGGGCAAGACCUGCUUUUCAAACCGUGCAAGCUUGAGAGUAAAGGCACAGCCUUGCCGGGGGCGGAGGAGGCCUGCAUGAGCUGCGAGGAAGGCAACAGCAGUCUGCUGGACUGGAGCACAGAGGACACCUCGGCAGGCAAUUCUCCAAAGAAUGACGUGCCAGAGAAGCCUUACUGCUCGCAAGACAACACUGUGUGCGACAGGCUAAGCACCGAAGAAUCGCUUCUGGGGCAAAAAGAGCUCAGAUGCACAGAUCUACCUCUAAGCUGCCCUGAUGAACAAUUCCCUGGGCCAGAAAAGGCAAUGCAAAGCCCACCUUCGGCCCAUACCUUGGGAUCCCCAAGCUGUGAUGUAGGCGGCUUGAUGGAAGACUCUUUCAAAGGGAAAGAUGGUCCUUUUUCAGGAACCACAGGAAAACAGCAUCUCCAAACAGGAACAGGCCUUUGUGGGACUCUGGAUUUUUCAGUGGAUGUUGCUGCUAGAGAGAUGACCCCUUUGGCUGUAACCCUUCUCAAUGCUUUGACAACACGCAAUCCAGAAGACAACCCUUCCCACCAGCAGCAAGGAAAGGCUCCACAGGAGGAGAUGGUCGAAAAGAAACCCUUUGGCCCCAGAAAGCGACUGGAUGAGGGCACCAGGCACCUUCAUGGGGAAAAAGCAUCCCCUGCGCCCAGUCUAUAUGAAACAGGUAAUUGGAGGAGAAACGUUGGCUUGGUGCUUUCGCCGCAAGCCAAGACUGAGUGGCUUUCGCAGCCUUGUCAGAGCCCAAAGGUUUCUUCUCCCUUGGGCUUGAGUGAACUGUAUGGUUGUAUUUGUGGAUACUCGCCCAGAGAUGGAGGCCUGGUGGAUCUCCUCUCCCCACACAGAGACAGCGGGGGCAGCCUGCUCCUUAGUAACCUGCAGGUCAGUGAGUAUGUGACCAGCCCACAGUAUGAUGCAGACACCGAAGCAACCAUGAUUGCCUCGUUGAGCUGUUCAGGGCAAUUCAGCCUGGGGGAAGAGGAUGGCUCCAAGUCCAUGACACAGCUCAAACAUACCGAUACAGGGAGGAAAACCUCCAUUUCAAAGGCACUCUCCAUCUCUAAUGAUUCAGGGAAGAAGGAAUUCGCUGGGGAGAGCAUCACACCGCAGCCCAGCUUGGCAUUUGGGAAACUGGAACUUGGCCAUUUGCAGGAAGCAUUCAAAUUGACGUUCAGCAGUGACGAAAUGGGGCUUCUUAAGAACGACUUUUCUCAGAAUGUGUUUAUGCACACACCUUCAGACGAUGCAGAACAGGAUUCAGGGGUUGUCUCCAAGGAGGUGAACACCAGGUCUUCCAAGAACACAUUGAAUUCUUCUAGCCCACAGGAUUUAUCUCCAAGCUCACUCCAGUAUAAGGAAGCUUUAGGAAGGUGAGUUUUCUGGAUUCUAUCCCCCACCCCACUCCCCAUUUACAGUGGUUGGCAGCUGGUAGAAAAACAUCCUAGCCACUGGGUAGAUCAGAGGGCUAUGUCCUUUGCAGAGAGCAAAACCCACGGCCAUUUCUGUAGCAACAACCCCGUGUUUCUAGUGCAACAACUAUGAAAAUAUGAGUGAGCUGUGGAGAAGCUCCCACUUCAAACCUUGCAGGCAGCAUUAGGCAAACCAUGGUCUCUCAACCUGUCAUUUGCAGCGUAGGGACAAUUAGACUCUGGGUGGCUGUCAGAAUUACUGAGAAUGGGAGUGACGUGCUCUGAAUGCUCAAACACUAAAUAAAGGCUACAUACUGUCUAUCCUCAGCUUUCCCCUUUUCCAGAAAAAGGUUUGUCAGGAUGGCUCCAGAAUGGGCCUGGCGAGCUGGUUUAGCUUUCGCAGGCCAAAUCUGAGAGUUGACAGUUGCAGCGAGGCAACACUGAAGAUUUUAUUACCAGGGUUUUUAUUUUUAAUUGUGCCCAAUAGGCAGUUUGUGCUCCAAAUCCAUCAGGAACAGCUGGAUGAAAUGACAGCCCUGUGUUUCCAGGAAGAGGGCUUGAUCAGUAAGAUGUCAGAGCUGGUGAGUUGUGUUUGAAUAUUCUUUAAAGUGCCCCCCCCCCCCCGCAGCCGUGCUUAUUUCUCCAUGGAUCAUCUCUUGUUAUUUGGAGAUGCAUGCGCUGCAUACCGUGUGCCGUCCGCUGGGGUUGUGAAGGCGAGCCCCUUCAGCAAACAUUGAAAAAUACAGGGCAAGCAACUUGCAACUCUGAUUCUAAAAAUACCCUUCACUUGUAGAGUUCAUGAUCUUUAACACACCCAUCCUUAUUCCUUACUGGCUCCGUUUUCCCUCUGCUAGGAUUUUGAGGACUUUGUGGCGCAGCUAGAUGAAAUCCUGGCGCUGAAAUCCAAAUGCAUCCAAAGAUUGCGAAGCCAGCUGCAGCCUAUUCUAGCUGCUCCUGCAAGUGGGACGGCGCCAGACAACUUCCCUAUGAAAUAGCAGCAUGGGUGAGGACUGCGCUGAGGCAUUUGACCUUCAGUGACCAGCAGCUCAAGAAAGUGAGGACUUCCAAAAGUUUGGGUCUUCUACAUGGCAUGUGCUUGAAGACUUAAGGCUUAACUUUAGCAGCAUAAACUCAGCGGAAGUCCAGAUCGUCUGCUCUGCCAUUCAUCUAAAUACUUGACCACUGUGGCAAGACUUUGAGAAGUGGAUAAAGUGAUCCCUUUUCUCCUGCCAUCACUCAGGCAACUUCACAUUUAUGGCAGUUUUGCGUACUGACAAAAAACUAUAGAAAACCCAGCCAGAUGGGCAAUCAGAACUAGUCCUGUUCUCAGGCAGUGUAGCCUUUGAAAAAGAGGUACUAGUUACUACCAAAGCCCCGUAUGGCUAGGCUGCCUUGGAGUUAAGUAUCAAGAGAGCCAGUGGACCUGCUUAUCAGCAUUACAGAUCAGAGACACAGAGUUCACAUUCUUGUAGUUAUCCCUCUCUUCUCCCCUCAGCCAUAUUUACCAAGCAUUCUACACUUGUGCCUUGGCGAUCUGCUCAUCAGGUGCUUCCACGCUAACUAAAAAGGUUUAUUUUCAGAUUUGCCCUUCCUUUUAGAAUUGCAUUUUAUUUUCAGGAUUCACUUUCUUUUACGGUUGUAUCUUUUUUUGACUGUAAGCUUUAAAACUGUUUUUGGUGUUGUAUUUUAUAUUGUUGUAACCCAUUCUGGGACCUUAGUGUGAAGGGCAGGCACUAAAUUAAAUAACCACAGCGGAUUUCAGUCAAGCCUGGGUGGGCAUCACUUUGCUCCACACAUGACCUUCAGGAGCUUUGUGAAGAUGGGUUAGAAGAAGCAAGCCGUCAGACUGCAAGUGGGAAGGCAGAGUGACAUGGUGCCUGAAGCCUUUGCAUGACUGUCAUAAACAUAAUGUGCCUAACAGCUCUGUGAAAUUGGUGCUCUCUUGUCUCGCUAGGCAGGAUUUCUAAGCAGGAACUUUUGACAGAACCAAGCCACUUUUAUCAAGCCAUCAACACUAGUCUGAACGAACAGAACUCAAUCCAACUUGUACAAAAAUAGGUGAAUACUUGCUUUAUGGCAGCAGCCCCAAAGAGGAUGCAAGCAUUAUGGACAAUAGCUUUGCAGCAUACUAGUUCAUCUUGUGAAUGAGGCUUUUCCAAGAUGGUGGAGAGAAACAAAAUUUAAAAGGAUUCACAGAAAGUGAUAACUGGAAGUUUUGAAACUCCAAACAAGAGCACAGGGCAGCAAAAGCCAGUAUCCUUUAAAACCUUGCCUGCCUUGGAGAACACAGUGCUGUACAUCAGAAUAGCUGUUCUUAAUUUGUUUCUUUCCAUGCGUCAGGGAGACAGCAUAGUCAGGAGUUGAGAUUUACUCUGUCAAGCCCAUCGCUUAUGAAAGAUGGGCUUUGUAUCCAUUAACAGGGUUGUUCUACCCCAAGGUUCAUCUAAGUUGGAAGCUUAGCAGUCAGGCAGCAAUAUUUUCCACUUGGGUGGUGCCUCAUUUCACAAGAGUAGCAUCAGCAUUCACAUGCCAAUAGAUGCCACAACCUCAUCUCACCCCAUUCUGGCUUGACCUUUGUGACUUCAACACAACAGUUCAGGGGUCACAGCACUGUCCUUACAGCAACAUUGGUCAUUCCCUUUCCCACAUAGCAAGCACCAACUAACCACGUCACAUUCAGAGCAGCAGAAGCAGCUCUUUGACUGACCUUUCCCACUGCUAAAGGAAAUCAUGUGCACAUUAAGUCCUGGUGCAGGUACGUUCCUUGGCAGGUAUAAACCCAGCAGGGACACAGUUCCUGCUUUUCAGGUACAACUUAACCAAUUAGUAAAAUGGUCGAGAAUCUAGCUGAGUGACAUUACACAAGAGCUGUGUACUACAAUACAUGGACAUGUUUCUAAGAGUUCUUUGUUUUAAGAGUCAGUAGGUUAAAGUGAAUUCACUUAGAAUAUUAUGCAUGUUGCUUUUAUACUGAAUUUUUAAUUGAAGUAAAAAGAUAAUUGAGCAAAACUUGCACAGAGGUCUAAAUUGUGUCAAAUUCAGUAUUCUGAUAAAUGUAAUUUGGUUUGAAUGCAAAAGUAAUUCACAGCAUGGGAGAAGUGCUAAAUAGUGCUGCUCAGAAACAAACACUGAUGUGCAACAGGAUCGGUAGCUGCUUUUGGCUGCAGAUAUGAGAGGCUGACAACACCCUGAUCACAACUCAAGUAAAUUGUCCAGCAGCAGAGGUCUCCCUCAAGGGAGGAAAUGGUAGAAAGGCUUUUCUGCCAGUACACACAGUGCAGCAAAUCACAUUUCCCUGUGCUCUGACCAUUGCAGCAGUUGGUGGCUGCAGGAUCCACACAUGACUCUCUAAGUUUACAGAUGCAGACAGAGCACUUGAUCAGCAGCAACUUGCUUUGGUUCUGCCGCCAAAACCUGCACCUCAAAUUCUGUUGCAGCAUUCUUCCUUCAGUGUCUCAUUUAGUAAUGAAGCGUCUCUUGUGAAAGCUGUUCGCUCCCUCCCUUGAAAAGCCAGAGCCAAGCUGCUGUCAUUAGGAAAGCGAUAGGUUAAGGGCUUACAUUAUAACUCAGGUGUAAAAACAUGGUCAGCCAUAGGGCUCUGCUCCAGAUUCAUCCAUCAAGCGCUUGUUUACAGUAAAAAUUCAGACACACUAUCAGGCCUUUACUAUCAGAUCUCACCACCUAUACCUGGGGGUGGUAAUUUAUGCAUGAGAUACAGUUCCUUUUCUGUUCAAAGUGACUUGAUACAUCUAAAACCAAUUCCAACAUUCUAAUCACAGAGUCACUGCUGUUUGGGUCACUGACAAUACAGCAUGUCCCCAUAUUGAAUUAUGAGCUCCACAGAUAAAUUCUACUAUUGUUUCCAUUAUCCCUUAUGGUAGUGGAGAUGGCAGCUUCUACCGAGAUCAAUGGCUCCUAACUGAACUCAAAUCAGGUAUUGAAAAACUUUGGUAGUGAGGUGUUGCCCCAGUUAUGUGGGACAGGCCCCAAGAUCCAGGUUGCUGAAAGUGUUUUCAUACUGUACUUGCUGAAGUCUAUGUAGUGACCUGGGGGGAGGGGGGCAGAGAGAGAUUACUGCAGGUAUGUUCGCUGGAGAGUUGGAAACGUUUUUCCAAAGCUCAAACUCAAGACACAAGAUGUUCUAGAGAUAUCAGAGAUUUAUAACCAUUCCAGAUUCAUUCCGUUUCUUUUCCCUACCGCUAAACCUCUAGAGCAGGAGACCAGCAGCCACAUUUUAAGGUUUUAUUAGUAUCUCUUUCUGCAGAACCAAAAUACUUAGCAAAUUACUCCAAAUAUCAAGACUGCUUAUAUUUUUUUAUGUAUUUAGAUCUUUUAACCAUGUACAACAUAAUACACUAUUGUACUAUCAAAACCAAAAGUCUGAUUUCUAUUACUAGAUGUUAAUAGAUUAAUGAUUACUAUAGCAGUGUGG